GCUAUGAUACCACAGGUUAUUGAAAAAGUUUUCAUGCAAGCAGUUAAUGGAGAGAUCACAGAUGAAGAAGCUGCAGAUCAGAUUGCGGAUUCAUUUCAUUCUGAUAUUUCUUCUAAUAACUCUACGGCAUGUGUCACUGCAGAACAAAAUGGUGUCAAUGAUAGUAAAAUGUAUGAUAUCAUUACAUGUUUUCAGUUAACAAAAAAACUCUAUACUACUACUUUUUACGAAAACGUUUCAAGUUUCCAACAGCCAUCUCAGCAACAACCAAAAAUUUUAGGAAGUAUAACACUGGGUGAUUUAGAUCCUGCGCAAAUUGCUCAAUUUCAGCAAGCAUUUGCGGAAGCAAGUAAGGGAUUGGCAUCGUCUGUUGUGUUUAAUGUACCAAUGCAAAAAAUAAAUGCGGAAGAGGAAUUCACGGAUGAGGAUAAAAAUAGAUGUGCUCUUCUUGAAGAACUCAUUACCGGACGUCGGCCCUUAGUUAUGCGUCCGUAUGUAUUUCUUCUAAAUAGGCGUUUUAAAUGGACUGAUAUUGCCGUUCCUGUAACUGCUACUGAUAGAUUUCGCAUUUAUCGGCUGAACCAAGCUCGUAAUUCGCGAUGUUAUUACCGGUGUUCUGGUUGUGAGACAAUGGCCAAAGGAUCUGGAGACCCUAUUGCACAAAUAAAACUUGCCGAGGGUCAUUUAGCUGGUGAUGUUCAUCCCGUACAUAAUUCAAAGUGUGAAUGGUUUACGUUUUCCACUAUUGUUAACAGACAGUUCGACAGAGAAGCUCGUCUUGAAGUUUAUAAUGGUAUUAUGACUCCAAAACAAGCAUGGAAUAGGGGACGUUUGAGAGCUUUGAGGGCUGUAAGCUUGGCUCCCGAAGGCUUGGUGAAUGCCGAUGAAUAUCCUAGUUGGGAUACAAUGUACAGGAUAAUCAUGAAGCUGUGGCGAAACGCCAAGCGAGCUCAUGAGGCUGGACUUGAGGUUGCUGAUCGAGUUGGUAUCAGGGAUUGGUGGCGUAAGAUUCCUCCACCGGUAGCAAAACGGAAAAUCAAGAAACUGCAAAAUUAUGAUGAUAUACAUGCUUUAUAUCAAGUAGAUGUUCUUGAAGAAAGUAUUUCAAUGGCUAAUAGUGAUGAAAAUGAAUCAGUUGAUUUGUUGGAUGUCGUUAGUGAAAGUGAAAUUUAUUCUGCAGCCGAUCAAGAACCAUCUAUUCAACGAAAAAAAUUUGCUUUGCAGUCUUUUAGCAGAAAUAGUGCACCAGAACCACCGGAGCGAAUUUCAUUAUUCUCCAAUGCAUCAGAUUCAGGUAAACAGAUCUCGCAGGAUAGUCAUUCAAGUGUAACUGCAUCUAAUGAUAUAAAUAAUAAAAUAAUAGACCUUUUCGAGAAUGACAGUGAAGAAAAUGGCGAUUUGCAAUAUUAUGUUCUACAAGAAUAUGAUGACGAUGAUUAUGAUAAUGAAGAUGACGAAAAUGAUAAUGAUGACGAUGAAGAAGAAGAAGAAGAUGAUGAUGAUAAUAAUGAUGAUGAUGAUGAUGAUUAUGAUGACGAUGAUUAUGAUGACGAUGAUGAAAACAAUGGAAGUGAAGAUAGAGAAGCUAGUGACGAAAGCGACAAUGAUAGAGAUAUAAAUGUUGACAGCAUUGACCAAUUUAAUGUUGACAUUGAUAAUGAAGUGAUGCGGGAAUAUAAUGAUAUUUUAGCCGAAGUGGAUCGACUUGAACAAAAAGCGAUUGCUGCAACAGAAGGAAGAAGAAAAUUUCGAAGAACAAAUGGUCAUGUAAUCACGAAGCCACAAAGUAGUCAAUCACAUGGACUGAAUCCAAGUGUUGAAAAUACACCACUAGAGGACCAUACUUUCAAUCUUUCGGAGCAAACCGGCAGCACUUUCUGUGCAAAUCGUAAGUUGUUCGCUGCAAUUGAAAGUUUGACACGCACAUUAACGGUAGAUCAUUCGCGACAGUUCCACCAGGAAAUGCUCAAAACCGCUGUUGAAUUGUCAAACCAUUAUGCUAUAUUGCAAAGGCGACACUAUACUGCAGCUACGGCAUCACAACGAACUAAUGCGAAUCCUGAACGCUCUAGCAAACGUAUACAGAAUUUGAAGUCUCAUGAGUGCGAUGUCCAGGAAAAAUACGAUGACAGCGUGAUAAGACGGCGAAAAGCAUCUGUGACAUCUCCACAAGCACGUUCCUCAAGAAAAAAGCCUAAAUUUACGUAA